AUGUCAACACAGAGGAUGAAGGGAUCUAUUCAUAGAUAUACGGCUAACCUUACCGUUGAACCAAAAUCAACAGAAUUCACUCUACGAUUAGCAGACACUGUAUGUAUUGAUGAAGACAAUGACGUCGAAUUCAAUGUCCAAUUAUCUCGAUCCGGGGUUUCUGUCAAAUGGUUUAAAGACGGAAAACCGAUCAGAAAAUCAAAGUCUAAUGUAAUUGAAUCAAAAGAAACAAAACAUAAACUAAUCAUAAGAAAUGCAAAACCAAAUGAUUCGGGAGAAUAUACUUGUGUUGCAAAUGGAGACCAAACAAGAACUCAAUUACAAGUGAACGAAGAUUUGGCAGAAUUUAGCCUCAAAUUGAAAGACAUAUUCGUGAAGGAGGGCGAGACGGCUACUCUUUCUGUAGAAGUGGCCAAACCUUCACAUAAAGUCGAGUGGUUUUGCGACGACAAGAAAGUGGUUUUGACGGAGAAAUCAAUUCUAAUAGAAGAAGGAAUUCAUCGAAAACUCGUUCUCAAUGAAUGCACUCUCUUUGACAAAGGGAUAUAUAGUGUGGUUUGUAAGGAUAAGAGGAGUAUUGCCAAAUUGACGGUUGAAAGUGCGCCCAGAAUUCUCACUCAAAAGAGACAGUUUACGGCUAAAAGAGAUGAGAAUUUCAUACUUGAAAUCCAAUUUGAUGGAUACCAACCACCAAAGGUCGAGUGGUUUUUUGCUGAUAAGGCAUUGAAAACAUCUAAAAAGCUGGCGAUCGAGGCUUUGAUGUCUAAGACAUUGUUGACAAUUAAGAAAUUUGAUGACUCGGAUGUCGGCAAUUAUAGACUAAGACUUAAGAACAAUAUCGGCGAAUGCAGUGAAGAGUUCAGUCUUUCGAUUAUAGACAGACCCGAACCGCCCGGAAGACCACAGGCUUCAGAAAUCACAAAUAAAUCACUGGUUCUCAGUUGGCCUGAACCCAAAAACAAUGGUGGCUCUGAAGUGAUCAAUUAUAUCAUUGAAUUCAGUGAUAAAAAGUCUGAGAUUUGGAAGAUAUAUAACGAGACCUUUAAAGUUGUCGACAAGAAUAUAAAGAUUGAGAAAUUGAAACAAGGAAUGGAAUAUACAUUCAGAGUAACGGCAGUUAAUGAAGUGGGAAAUAGUGAUCCCUCGCCUAUCAGUCAGAACAUAGUGAUAAGGGAAUCAAAAAGUGGCGAAAAGCCGGUUGUUAUCGAAGAGCUGAAACCAAACGUGAGUUCGGCACCAAAAACAGAGGUUAAACUCGAGUGCAAAAUAACGGGACAACCGAUUCCUGAAGUCAAAUGGUUUAGGGAUAGUGAAGAGCUGGUGGUAAACAAAACAAUGGACAUAACGUUUGAGAAGCAAACGGCAACUCUUAUUAUAAAAGAAGUGCAACCAAAGAGCGCCGGACUGUAUGUCUGCAAAGCAAGCAAUCCUUUGGGAAGCGCUCGGACACAGUCUACACUUAAAAUAGAGGAAAAGCCGAGCGCUAUAUUUGACAAGAAAUUAUCAUCAAUGAUAUUAAGACCAGGGUCAAACUAUCGCAUUGAUGCAGAGGUCAAAGGCUAUCCUAGUCCUCAAUGUAUUUGGACUAAAGAUCAAAAAAUUCGGGUGAAAACUAUUGACAACAAAACUUCAUUAGAAAUAAAGACUAUUCAAACAGAAGAUUCAGGCGUUUAUAGUCUGAAACUGACCAAUGAAUUGGCAGAUGUUUGCUAUGAUUUUGUAUUAAAAGUAUUGGACAGACCCGGAUCACCUGAUGCACCGGUAAGGGCUCUCAAUGUGGAGGAAGAUUGUGUCGAACUGUCGUGGAAACCACCCAAAGAUGACGGCGGCUCUCGAGUCACACAUUAUUUGAUUGAAAAGUGCGAAAAGAAGACUAAUCUGUGGAAAGAAGUCAUUAAAAUCGACUCAAAACUACUCAUCCAAAGAGUGGAUCGUUUAGUUUGUGGCGAAGAAUACCUGUUCAGAGUCUGUGCUAUCAAUGAGUUCGGCAAAAGUAAUGCCACUCUUUCACAACCAAUUGUCUGCGAAAGUCCUUUCGACAAACCCUCUGCACCUUUGGGUCCACUCCUGACAUCUAAUAAUACCGAAGACUCGUUUACAUUGAGUUGGAAUCCUCCAGAAAGUGACGGAAAUUCACCGAUUCUUGAAUAUAUUGUCGAGAAAAAGGAGAGCGACAAAAAAGUGUGGCAAAAAGUUGGAUCAGUUGAUGGAAAUAAGCAGUCCAUAGACGUUAUCAAUUUGAAGAAAGAGACGGCCUAUCACUUCCGCAUUACCUGCAGAAAUAAAGUGGGAACAAGUCUUCCGUUGGCACCCGAGGAGACAAUUACACCGAAAGGCAGAUAUGGCGCGCCUUCUAUGCCGGGACGACCACUUCAAGUGACGGCAAUGACAAACACUUCACUGACCCUAUCGUGGGACAGACCCCUAUCGACAGGUGGUGUCGAACUCACCGCUUAUAUACUCGAAAGAAGACUAGUGUCUGAAAGCAAUUGGAUUCGAGUCGAUACCAUUGAUCCGGAUAUCACGAGUUAUACCGUUGAAAACUUGUCGGCAAAACACGAAUACUUUUUCCGUGUUAUCGCUGAAAAUCCUUUGGGACGCAGUCCUCCUCUCGAGACAGAGACAGCACUGAAACUAUCGCUCACUGCAGCCCAACCGGGCAUUCCUACCGGUCCUCUUGAGACACGAGUGGUGGGUCCGAGUGCUAUAGUAGUGGAAUGGGGCAAACCCGAGACCGAUGGGGGCGCACCUAUACUCAGUUAUGUGGUGGCGGCCAGAGAUGUGAGGAGAACAAUGUGGAUGGAGGUGGGUCACGUGAGUGCCGAUACUCAACGGUUACAAAUCAAGGACUUACAGGAAGGACACGAAUAUUUAGUGAGAAUUAUGGCCCGCAAUGAAGUGGGACUCAGCGACCCAUUGGUUAUGGAAGAGCCCGUCAGAGUAGUCCGACCCCCGGGAUACACAGAAUUAGCCCAAGAAUUCGAGGUGGAAAGGCCUGACACGCCGUCAUUGAGUUUCACGACUACCGAAACCUCUUCCUCUUGGAUGAGAGAAGCAAAUGUGGAGCCAUUGGUCUCUUCCUAUACGAGACAUACAUUGAUUCAAAGGAGGGAAUACUUCUUCAAACUAUGGUUCCAUUCCGACACUCUCUUCAAGUGAAUCCAUUCAACAAAUCUAUUGUGAUAUUAAUUAUGAAAUACUUUUUGGUUAAACCCAUCAACAGAUCCUAAUUUAUUUAAUUAUAUAUUUGACUUUAAAGACAUAAUUAUUAAACAAACUUAAAUUAAUUGAUCCGAACUAAGACUAUCCGAUAAAUCAUUAUAAUUAUUAUGAAACUAUAAACCUAUAACUAUACAC